ACCAAAGCAAAGCAAAACAAACAAAACACAUAACCAUGAAUGAAGAUGGAUCAAAGGGUAGGACAAAGGAUGACGGCGGAGAUGUCCGAUAUAGAGGCGUACGCCGCCGUCCUUGGGGGAAGUUUGCGGCCGAGAUUCGUGACUCCACUAGGCAGGGUCAGAGGGUUUGGCUUGGGACAUUCAACACGGCUGAGGAAGCAGCUAGGGCUUAUGAUAGAGCCGCUUAUGCCAUGAGAGGUGCAUUUGCUAUCCUUAACUUCCCAAAUGAGUAUCCUAUGUCCGGUUAUGGUAAUAACCGCACCGGUGGCGGUGGCAGUGGCUCCUCUUAUUCCUCCGGCGCUUCAACGUCCUCUGCUUCAUGGCAGGGCAAUGUGGAAGGCAGGGAAAGGAGUGAAGUGUUUGAGUUUGAGUACUUGGAUGACAAAUUGUUGGAGGAGCUUCUUGCAUGCGAAGAAAAGAAGAAAAAUGGACCAUGAAUAAGUGAAGGAAAAAAAAAAAGAAGCUAGUUCUACUCUUACUAGGAAGAACUUUACCUAGCAAACUAUCAAAAAUUUUUCCAAAACCAGAGGAAUAAUGUUGUUAAGGACAAUGUUACUUAUUAUAGUACUAUAAUUUGCAAUUUUUGCAUGUGUGUCUCUAAAGUGUAUGCUUUAUGGUGAUUAAGCAUAUAUUAUAUCAUCAUCGCUAAUUUUUAUA